AUGGACGAGACUUCGUGCGCCAUAUGCCUCUGCAACUACAGCCCCGGCGAGUCGUUGAGGCUGCUCCCGUGCAGGCACGCAUUCCACAAAAAGUGCAUUGACACGUGGCUUUUGUCCAAAAAUAUGACGGUGCAUUGUCCUGUAUGCAAGUCCAGUAUUAUCGACGGGUUGAGGGUGCUGAACGAGCAUGGGUACACAGAGGUUCUGGAGCUGGCAUUUGAAAUGGAUAGC